UUUUUUUUCCCUCGGCCAACUCCAAGCGAAAUCAACAAAAUGCCGCCCAAGAAGCGAAAGACUUCUGACUCGCCAGAGGACAAUGAGAAUGGCUUGACGGCGAACCAGACAACGGCAGCGCCCCCAACCGGAGAGAAGAGGAAGAGAGGCCGUCCUCGCAAGUACCCCGAAAGUGCCACCCCUAAGCCUCCGCCGGGACCUAAGCGGGGUCGUGGAAGGCCUCGUAAGGACGAGUCUGCGAAAGUGACAGCACCCAAACCGACGACACCAAAAGAAGGCAAGCGACCUGUUGGACGGCCGCGCAAAAACCCAUUACCGAAUGGAGCGGAUCAGCGUGCGACCAAGUCAACAUCUGUAGAAGAUAAGGAGGACUCAGAGGAUGAGGAUGAUGAGGGCCGGUCAUAUUGGUUGAUGAAGGCUGAGCCGGAGUCGCGGCUGGAGAAGGGUGUUGAUGUCAAGUUCUCGAUUGAUGACUUGCGCGCGGCGAGUAAGCCGGAGCCGUGGGAUGGUAUCCGCAACCCUUCCGCACGAAGACAUCUUCGGGAUAUGAAAAAGGGCGACUUGGCUUUCUUUUAUCAUUCCAACUGCAAGGUUCCUGGGAUUGUUGGCGUUAUGGAAAUUGUCCAAGAGCAUUCCCCAGAUGAAUCUGCAUUUGACCCCUCAAACCCCUAUUACGACGAGAAAUCCACCAGAGAAGACCCCAAAUGGGACAUCGUCCACGUCGAAUUCCGACAGAAGUUCCCCGCCAUGAUUACACUCAACGACCUCAAAGCCCAGUCCGCACCCGGCAAACCCCUCGAGAACAUGCAAACCCUCAAACAGACCCGGCUCAGCGUAUCGUCCGUGACGCGCGCACAAUGGAAAUUCAUCAUGAGAUUAGCCAAGGAGAAGGAAGGCGCCGGGUUACGGCAGAGUACAUCGGGAGAUGAAGAGGAGAGCGAGGAGUCGAGUGAACAAUAAACGAGGACGCAACGCAUGAAGUAUUCUGGCCGAUUCAUAUUUUGCAGCGACUCAUGGGAUGAGACUGGGUUAUUUUUCUGUUCUUGCUUUCAUUUUUUUUCAUGGACAUGGGUGUAAUCAUUUUUCUUGUACACAGUAAAUGGGGUAUUUUACGAUUUAGGGAAAUCAAUUAACAAUUCAACUCUUUGGAAAGACUCAACUCUAGCACAAGGAGGGUGCUUUCGACCGCAGAGCAGACAUUGAUGUCCUGUCUAUGCCAG